AUGCGGUUUCACAUGAAGAGGAUAUGUAUUAUUUUGGUGUUGAUACUUGUAUUUAUGAUUACGUUUUUUUACGUAUUAAAUCCGCACAAAGAAAUUCAGAGAGAUGCACGAAUUUCCGUGCCGGAAAAAGAGAUCACAGAAGAUAUAUAUAAUAACGAUAGUGCUGACAGGAUGAGACAAGAGGAGGAAAAUAAUAACAAUACUAAUCACACGGAUAACAGAGAGUUAAAGCCUGUCGGUCAGCCUGUUUUUGUAAACAUAAAUAGAACCAAAACUGGUAAAGGUGCUCAAUUAGGACAAUUGCCAUCAAGCGGAACAUGCAACAGAACAAUAUUUCCGGCAUAUUUGAAAACGGAAGAAAUUUGGCAGCCAGUGGACAGUAACAAAACAAUGUAUGUGUUUUCAGCCUACUAUGUCAAAGCAAGAAAAGGCGUCUUUGUUAUUGGUGUCAAACCCAGAAGACCUGUCAAAGUUAUUUGCAAACUCUGGAUGUGGAAUAAAAACAAAGGUUUUAUGGAGCUUCACGAAGCAGUCGGUGAAGUUCGAGCACCACACGAAGGCUUCGGACAAAAAUACACGUCAACUAUAUUUAUGUGUCCCAUUAGUCAAUCCGAAAUGCCGAAGUAUAUCUCUUUGGUAACAAACUUUUGUGAAUAUCCAUUGAAUAUGCUUCAUGUGAAUAACGCCUCGGGAACCGGAAGCUACAAACGCCGCUUUACAGUGUGUCUGUCUCCACUCAACUUCAAAUAUGGCCGUGCUUACGAACUAGUAGAAUGGAUUGAAUUCAAUAAAAUCCUGGGAGCUGACAAGUUUGUCGUGUAUAAUUAUUCAAGCGCUAGCAAUGUAAAGGAAGUAUUUGAACAUUAUUCAAAAAGUAAUUUGACAGAAGUGAUACAAUGGCGAUUGCCAAUGGGCGUCAAUACAUUUCCUAAAACAAAUAAUCCGGUGGAAAUAAAUUAUUUUGGUCAGACAGCUGCACUCAAUGAUUGUUUGUUCAGAAACAAACAGUUUUCUGAAUUUGUUGUUAAUAUUGACCUAGAUGAGUUUAUCGUACCACAUUCUGAGAAAGCAGGAAAUUGGUAUGAGAUUAUAAAAGAAAUGGAAAACGCAUCAGUUUAUAUGUUUAAGAAUACAUUCUUUAGAAAAGACUGGGCUAAAAUAAGAAUACCUUUUCGUGGUAAGAAAUUAGCAGAACAACUCCGAUUAGUAACUUUACAGGUUUUUCAACAUGAAGCAAAGAUCUUUCCUGCAAGAGAAAGAUCUAAGUAUAUCGCUCGAACAGCUGACGUAGACCUUAUGUUGAUCCACGAAGUCCCGCAUUCUCAUGAAGUAUUAGUUCCAAUAGAAAAAGGUAUAUUGCACCACUACAGAGACUGGAAUAAUCCAAAUGACGAUAACGAGAAGGUUACUGAUAUAACGAUAUUGAACAAGUUUGAAACAUCUCUAACGGAAAACGUUGGAAAGGUGUGGAAAGAACUUGCACAUGUUAAGAUGGAUAUGCCAAUAAUUUGACUGUAUUUAGAGAGUAUUUAUAAUUAUAACAAUUGUAGACUUAUAGAUAAUUGGCGAUUUUACAUUCAAGUCUGUGUUCUUUUUAAAAUGAUUUAAGCAUCACUUUAAUAUCAUUGUACAGAAAACAAUAUGCUUAAAACUUUCAUCAUCAACCUUUUUUUACAGUCAG